ACCCGUGUCCUCGCAUCUCCAGCAAGCAAAGCGGCUUCAGUUUCUAGCUAGUUCUUAGGAACUCUUCCUGUUAACCUAGUAGCAAAGAGAACACCAAGAUCAGUCAUGGCUUCCGCCUCGGCUCUCUUCGCCACGGCGCUCGUCAUGGCGCUCAUGCUCGCCGGCAGCAGCACGAGCCACGCCGCGCGCCACCUCGCCGACACGACUCCGGCAGCAGCGCCCGCCGCCGUGCCGGGCAUCCCUGCGAUUCCGAAGCCGCCGGUGCCCACCGUGCCCGCGGCCGCCCUGCCACCGAUGCCCGCCGUGCCGACGAUGCCCGCGGCGGCAGGCAUGCCACCCAUUCCCGCGGUACCGACGGUCCCCGCGGUCACCGUGCCACCGAUGCCCACUGUGCCAGCUGUCCCCGCGGCGACCCUGCCGCCGAUGCCCGCGGUGCCCACCGUGCCGAACGCGGCAUUGCCACCCAUGCCGCCGAUGCCUGCCGUCCCCAAGGUUACCUUGCCGCCGAUACCUGCCGUGCCGAAGGUGACGCUGCCGCCGAUGCCCUCCAUCCCCAGCGCCGUGCCGAUGCCGUUCUUGGCGCCGCCUCCUUCGGCGUAAUCAAGCAUGCGCGCAGUGCAUGUGUGGCGACGCUGAGUGUCCUCUGUCAAUUUCCCAUGUCUGAUUGUUGAGUCGUUCGUUCGAUCGAGUAUUUGCUGUAUUUUCAUGAACAGAUUUGUUGGAGUUUCUUUCUUGGCUUCCAUUUGAUUUGUGUGUUUAAUUUCUAUUGUAUAUGUAUUAGUUGGAGAGGUCUCAGGUUUUGUCAUUGAUUACUUUGUACGUGUACAGAGUGAUCAGGAUUCUCGUGUUGUAUAUGGAUUCAAUUUGGUGACAUUGUGUUUCAUCAUUGUAUAAUGGAAGUACUCAUAUCUUCUUUGCAAUCUUA